AUGGGUCAACAACCAUCCGCACCAGGACGUUCCCAACAUGUUGCGGACACGAGUGGUCUCGCAAGUAUGCUCGGAGCAUCCGUUCCAAAUAUCAAUUCAUCUUCUCAAUACAACCCGAACCAAUUGGGUGGACCUACUACACCUACAACAACCUCUCCAAAUACUCCCUAUAAUAAUAACACUGGAGGAAAUAAUCCCACUCCGAUCGUUGUAGCACCUCCUCCAACGGAUCCUCUUCUCAUCUCUCUCAAUGAUCUUGCUCAAAUUCUUGCCCAAUUCAAUGAAGAUCCACUGAUUAAUUUGUUGGAUGAAAUUUCUCGUCAUUAUCGAGAAUUACAGUUUGGUAAUUUAAAGAAAUAUUUAAAUGUACCGAAAUAUGCAAGUGAUUGGUUGGAGGGAGGUGGAGAUCGGGGAGGUGGAGGUUUGUUUGGUGGUGGGUCAUUUGGUGGAUCAGGAUUGGAUGACGAAGAUGAUCUCGGAGUGAGCUACAACACUAAUUCCGCAUACACGGUUUGGCUGACUGCUUUGAAAGAUCGUCAAAUUCCAAGAUUUAUCAAAAAGUUGGAAAAGUUUAAAGAUCAUUCAGGUAGAAAACCAAACAUUUCAUUUAACGUUCAGAUGUCAACUUCAUCAACACAAAAUAGUUUGAGAAGAGCUUCCUCUUUUGUUGGAGCCCAAGCAAAUCAAAGACCUAGCUAUGUCGUUGAUAUGGAUAGCAAACAGAGAUAUUACGAAGUGAGAAAUGAAAUGGUGAUAAUUUUAACUCAUGUUUUGGAAGAAAUCAAAGACUUGAGAGAAUGCAUUGAACAAAAGCGAAAGAGCGAGGCAACAUUAGGAGCCAAUUCUACCAUUUCAGACAGCAUUAACGUAGCGCCACUUUUUAAUGAAUUUGAUUUUGAAAAGCAGUGGUGGGAGCAAAAAAUUGGGCUACAAAAUUUCAGUGUGAGGAAGAAGGGAUUUAUCGAUGCUGUUGAGGAAACUUUUGCCCACCUUAAAACAAAAUGGGAUAUUGAUUUAUUAGAGGAAAUAUCUGAUCCAACAUGUGACGGAGUAGUGAGCGUGACUGAUCUUAAAAACGUUGUGCGGUGGUUUGGAAGUAUUUUCAGAUGGCAAAGCGACGAACUGAAACUUCGCAGCAUUGCCGCAAAAGAAGAGUAUGCACCACUAAAUUUCCUUCCUCACUUUUGGGGAUCUCUAACAGGAAUGGACGCACAAGAUUUACUUCGAAACGAAGAGCCAGGCACCUAUCUCAUUCGGUUCAAUGAAUGUGAGCCUGGUACUCUAUGUCUUUCAAGCGUACAAGAAGAAGUUGGAAGCACAGAAGAGAAUGGCCACGGAUUCUUCUCCUCUCGACAAGUUUAUCAUUUUGUAUUGAGAAGAACAAAGACAGACAAAGAAGGAGCUUGUUACUAUCUCUGUGAUGCAGAUAAGGCAGGAAAAUUCAAAACCAUCACUGAGCUUGUUGAUAAGUGUUAUUUCCUUACAUUUAAAUAUCCCUAUGUCAACGAUGAAUUGAAGAGCGCUUCCAUUACCAAGAAGCGUGAAGUAGAUGUGUUAAGCGCUCUCAGAUUUUAUUCUUCGGAGCAUGACGACAGUACUCCUUAUCCAUUUGUAAUUUACAAGGGUAAAUUUACUACUGCAAAGAAAGAUUCAGAUGUCAACAAACAAAAGACCCUCAGCAUAUCCAGUAAGUCUAAAGCAUUGGAUCGGAACUCGAGCUCUGGAAAUUUAAAUUCAAGCACAAAUUCCUUACCAAGCCUGACUCGUGCGGAAGGCAGUAGUUCUAGCAUUCCAAGAGUAGAAACAGGAAAGGAGGAAAUUAUUGAUCUAGGAGACGAAUAA